CACAACCAGGCGUUCCCCGGCCACACUGUCUGGUGUCCUGUCUGCAGAUAGGGAGCUUCCAUUUCCUCAUCCAACAACCUCAUACUGGAGACACAACCAGGCGUUCCCCCGUCGCCCUGUCUGCCGCACUGCCUGCCGCCCUGUCUGCCGCACUGCCUGCCGCACUGCCCGGUCAAGGCCAAAUGCAACCGUGCCUGGGAGCAGCAGAAGAGACGUCUAUCCACCCCGACGGGACUAACCUAUUUACUAACCCUGAAUAGACCAAAUAACCCUGAAUGGAUACGUUAUUAAGACAAAGACCUAUGCAAUAGGCAUAGUCAACAUGGAAUUUGUUUUGUUUUUUGACGGACCUUUGUGAAACAACAAGCUAACGUCAGUUCGCUACCAAGGCGGCCUAACAUUAGCAAAAGGAGCUAGCUACCGUUAGGGGGGAGAAACACGGCAAAGUUGGACUUCUGUGGGCAAAAACAACAAAAAAAGGCCGACGGGUUUAUUCCCUAACAAGUUUAUUUUAACAUAGUUAACUACCUGUUCGUAACGCUAGCAGUGUAUUGUUAAUGUUUAGUUAGGUAACUUAGCGUAGCUAACGUUGUGUGAAGUAGCUGUCUUGUUAGCAUGACAACCUGACCCCGUCUUCAAUGUGUCGCUGGACACUUCGGUUAUUGAACUGCGCGUGAAGGAGACAGACGUGUAAUAAAGACGUUAAAGUUUCGGAAGAGCGGGAAGUUUCAAGUUAAAUCAAAUGUACAACAGAGUGAAGUCAAUGUCGUUGCUGAAGCACAUCACGACGCUGUUGUUCGUGACGGUCCUCCCUCCGGUCCCCGCUGACCAGCAGAUGGAGAGGGAGUGUGCCUUCACUGAGCAGCAACAGCAGUGGGAGAUGGAGCGCGUGGCGGUGGGGGAGGGACGGGUUUCCCCCGAGAACACCACCAUCCACUGCUCUAAAGGAUCUCACUGCUUCGGCCUCUGGGAGAAGAGUCCUCCUGGAGACGUCAGGCUGGUCAAACAAGGUUGUUGGACUCACCUUGGCGACCAGCAGGAGUGUCGGGACGACCGUUGCGUGGUAACCAACCUGCCUCCUCAGAUCCAGAAUGGGACGUAUCACUUCUGCUGCUGUAGUACUGACAUGUGUAACGUCAACUUCACUGAGGACUUUCCUCUGCCCAGUCCCACUACAGCCCAGCCGCUAUUCCCACUGCCCAGUCCCACCUCUGACCCUAGCCCCCUGCCCAGCCGCCCAGCCGCUAUUCCCAGCCCAGCCGCUCCCACUCUGACCCUAGCCCCCUGCCCAGUCCCACUACAGCCCAGCCGCUAUCUGAUAGGUCGAGGCCGGUACGGCUCGGUGUUCUGUGGUUCGUUAGACGAGCGACAGGUGGCUGUGAAGGUGUUCAGCUCAGCCAAUCGGCAGAACUUCCUGAACGAGUGUUCCAUUUAUUGUCUCCCCCUGCUGGAGCAUGACAACAUCGCACACUUCAUCGCUGCCGACGAACGGCUGGGGGCCGAGGGCCAGUGGAGUACCUUCUGGUCAUGGAGUACUACCCCACGUAAGUACCUUCUACUGGGUUCUACUGGUUCCAGGCGGCUGGGGGCCGAGUGGAGUACCUUCUACUGGGUUCUACUGGUUCCAGACGGCUGGGGGCCGAGUGGAGUACCUUCUACUGGGUUCUACUGGUUCCAGACGGCUGGGGGCCGAGUGGAGUACCUUCUGCUGGGUUCUACUGGUUCCAGACGGCUGGGGGCCGAGUGGAGUACCUUCUACUGGGUUCUACUGGUUCCAGACGGCUGGGGGCCGAGUGGAGUACCUUCUACGGCUGGGGGCCGAGUGGAGUACCUUCUGCUGGGUUCUACUGGUUCCAGACGGCUGGGGGCCGAGUGGAGUACCUUCUACAGGGUUCUACUGGUUCCAGACGGCUGGGGGGGCCGAGUAGAGUACCUUCUGCUGGGUUCCACUGGCUCUUUGUAUCGCUAUCUGGGCCUGCAGACAGGAGACUGGAUGAGUAGCUGUCGUCUGGCCCAUUCCAUCACCAGAGGCCUGGCCUACCUGCAUACUGAGCUGCUUAAAGGAGACUUCUACAAGCCAGCUGUGUCUCACAGAGAUCUGAACAGUCGGAACAUUCUGGUGAAGAAUGACGGAACGUGUGUCAUCAUCGACUUUGGCCUCUCCAUGAAGUUGACGGGGAACCGGUCGGUACGACAGGGAGAGGAGGAGAACGCUGCCAUCAGUGAG